UUGGCAUCUCCGCUCAAAUCGCCCCACCGCCCCAUUCUCUCGCGAGGCCGAGUGGAAUCGGUCGAUCACCGUAAUUUUAUUUAGCUUUCCGGCCUGCAAAGGUUGAGUGGAAGAGAGAUGAAAAUACAGUGCGACGUAUGUGAGACGACAGCCUCUCUGCUCUGCUGCGCGGAUGAGGCUGCGCUCUGUUGGGGUUGCGACGAGAAAGUGCAUGCGGCCAACAAGCUUGCCGGAAAACACCAGAGAUUACCGCUCCUCUUCCCCGGCCCCUCCUCUACUACGUUCAAAAUGCCCUGUUGUGAUAUAUGCCAGGAAAAAACUGGUUUUUCCUUUUUUUGCUUGGAGGAUCGUGCUUUGCUCUGUAGGCAUUGUGAUCUAACAAUUCACUCUGCAAGUCCUGUAGUAUCUAACCAUCAGAGAUUCUUAAUCACUGGUGUGAGGGUUGGUCUUCAACACUCUGUCACAGACAACAAUGGCAGCUGCAGAGGCAGGGCAGCUACGAAUGAGUUGAGCAGCAGCAGUGGAAGCGUUAGCAGUAGCGGUAAUCUUCCUGUCUCUCUGGCCACAAAAAGUCUGGGCGUGGAGAAGACUGAUGAUUUUAAGCUUUGCUGGCCCUGGAAUGAGAUAUUUGAGGGUGUUGAUUUUGAUCAUUGUUAUGGACUAUCUGAGCCUGGUUCCUCGAACUAAGGGGCUGUUUGGCAGCAAGCUGGAACGAUUUAAUAAAGAUUUACAGACAUACCACUCAAUUUUCAUGUAUUACAUAUCUAUCACCUAAGCUUCAGUUUUAUAUACAGACCACCUUACCUAUGUAUCAAAAUAUUUAUUUAUUUUUUAAAAGUUAAAAUAAAAGUAUUUUUGAUGUCAUAUGAAAGAUUUUGGUGGUAUAAAUGUAGGAAGUAAGGUUUAUGUGUUAGGUAAAUACGAAGGAAUUAGGUGGUAUGUAUGUAAAUGCUCCUUUAAUAAAUCCUGGUGAAAUUUCAGAUUUA